CCCUGAGGGCGGCGGGAACGGCGAGAGCCCCGUGAGGGCGGCGGGACGACCCGGCUUCGCUGUUCCCGCUUUCCAGCUGAAGCGGCCCCGCGCCCGUGCUCACGGGAAGGGGGAAGGCUGGGAAGCCCGAGCACCGGGAGGAGACAAGCCCCAGCAGGAGGAGUGGGGGGGGCGGGUUGGCUGCGGGGGAUCCACUGUGCCCUGAGGGGUGCUCCGCCGGGAAGAGCCACAGGGCGGGAUCGGGGCUCUCGGAGUGGCAGAGGGGAGAUACAAUCGCUGUGGAAGACUUUAGGGGAAAAGAGGUUAUACACACCUAGAGGCGGCCAAGCGGGAAACCACCCCAGGGACAGGACAGAGGGGAACGCCCUCAGGGAGGGACAGAGCAGCCCUGAGGGAGCCGGAAAAGCCACGAGCGUGAGGAUUCAUCCCCUCCCUGCAUUUCACAGGACUGUCUCAGCAAAAUCAGAACUUAUUUUUGUGAGCAUGGAAAGUACAUGUUCCAAAAGUUUUUUAUCUGCAUCAUCAGAUGAAACUGGGUGGUACCUGUAUGCAAAGCGAAUUAAAAUAGAAAGUGAUCAAAAAAACAGAGAGAAAGAGGAACAGCAAAAGGUAGAACGAAGCAUACAAUGUGGGAACAGGUACCAAACAUCACUACAUGGACCUCUGUAUUUAUCAGAAAGGCAAAACCACUGGGAGUUAGAAAACACAGCAAAAAAAACCUGUAUGAGAGAGUUUUUCUGUUCUAAAAAUUGUAAUAAUGAAGGAUUAGUGUGUAGAGUAUCAGAAAAUGAACUGUCCACCAAAAAAUGGAGUCCUGAAAAUGGAGACCAAAACACUACAAAAGAUAAUAUUUCAUUGAAUGUACAUGGACAGCGUCUUGAGACAGAGCUGCUCAGUGUGUCCAGAGCUGCUGACACAUGUCAAAAUCUACAGGUAUUAAACCCACCUCAGGUGCAGCAGAACAACACCACAGAACACAAUAAUGAAAGAAAUGGGGAUAAGGGGCUCAAACAAAAUUCUUCAGUUACAUCCUCAAACAGACACUCCUUUCAGAUGGAAUUGUUGAGGCAGAAGUCUGUCUCUGAUAAAAAGUGGCAACAAUACCAGCUUUUGCAAAUUCCAUUUUUGUGUGGUACCAGUUCCAUGUUUUCACACACAAAAAAUAAGAAAAAUAAUUUUCUGAAAAAUGCAUGUUCUGCAGAAGAUAAAAAUUUUUCCAUUAGCAAUAAAGAAAAUACUACAGAAGGAGAUAAUAAAGAAAAAAAUAGUUCAUUGUAUAUAAUUCCAACAUUGAAGCCUUUUAAAAGUAUACAACCACUAAAAAUCCCUAAUUUUCAACUUCCUAGAAUUUCAAAUAAAAUAGAUAGUAAAAUGUCAGCAACUAACUUCAGGGAGACAGACUGGAAGAAUUUUGAAGGCCAACCAUCUUUGGUGCAAUCUAAACAGAUGCAUGGUGUGCAAAAAACAUCUGAGAUAGGGAAAAAAAAAUUGCAAAAUUAUAAAAGCAGUGUCAAAAUUUCAACUGUUGAUUCUGAAUUUAAAGAAAAGAAUAACCCACCAACCAACAAACAGGAACACAGAGCUUUGGCAGAAGAAGUAUCUGCAAUUUAUUUCAGAGGUGACAGCACUGACACUGGAUGUAAUAAAACAUUUGAUGAAAAUGGCUUCAAAGAUAAAAUGCUGGAGAAUUCAGAAGGUGAUGAUGACCAGAAGUCAAAGAUUCUCAUUUACAUUAGUGCUAAAAAUGUUCAGAAUGAGAAAUGUGUCAGCUGUAAUGAUCUUUUGCAGAGAAUGGGGAGGAAGAGCAGUAAUGAGAAUGCGGGAACAUUUCAUAUACAGACAAGUAUUCCGGUAAUAACAGAAGAAUUAGGGAAAAAUAAGUUAGACCUGCACUGCGUUGUGCGUAAUUCCAACAGUGGCAUUAGUUUGUAUGCAGCAGAAUCAAAGCUCUCUGUAAAGGAAAUACUUGAUUGCCAAAGAUAUGUAACAAAAAGUAUUAUAUCUGAAAGAAAUUGUCCUCACAUUAUUGUGCAGAAUUUUCCAAAUAAGGCAGUGAGUUGCAAUAUAUUUAGGGGGAAGGAAACGUUCGAAUUAAAGUUUUCAUUUCAAAACAUGUUGUUUGAGUGGGUCAAGACAUGGACUGAGUCUUCACAUGAAGAUAGGCCCACGUGUCAGGAUGACAGUGUUAUGCCUUGGCUUCACUGUCAUGACACAUUAAACGCACGGUGUGAUGGACAAGAGUUAGUAAAGAGCACCAUAAAUAGGAACCACAAUGCUAAAAUAUUCAUUUGCUUGCUGCCUGUUAUUUCAAAGCAUCCGAAGGAGGAGCUACUAAAGACAAUUCUUGCUUCCUUUUUCAGCAGCACAGAUACUUUAUUGCCAGUUGAGGGAAAGUCUAUGCAGGUGGAGAAACAGACUUUAUGUGGCAGAAGGAAUGAUCAGUUAAACUCAUGUACAGAUGAUACUUGGAGGCAAACCAUAGAGUUUCCUAAAGAAAAUUGUACUUAUCCAGGCUUUGUAAGUUCUAAAUUUGUGGAAAACAUUGAUUUUGAAUUACACAAUAAAUGCCAGAGGAGAUGCUUUUUCAGAUCUUUAGGUGAAGAAGAGUACGCUUGCCUACAAAGAGGAGUCCUCUUUCAUAUCCAAAAGGGCAGAUUAUGUAACAGAAGGCAUGUCAGGAAGCACCAGCUCUUAUCCAGAGAGAAUGAAGGGUUUGGCACCUAUUUGAGGUCGGUCAGUCACAAAAACUGUAUGAAAAAGCAAAUUUUAGUUGCUAGGUGCCUAAUCUUGCUGCAGGGUACUCCUGGUUGUUCCUCACUAGAUAAGACAUAUUUCUGCAAUAUCACAAAAAUACAGUAUCUAGUAGGAGCCAAUCUUAGAUUUCAGAGUUACUUUCCUGCCCGUUCACAACUGAAAUUUGAAAAGGUAAAUAGCAAAUGCACAAAUCAGGAAACAUUGGUAACUACUGUAAAGAAGGAGACGAAGAAACCAAGCACAAUGCUUAAUAAUUCCUUUCAUGUGGGAAGAUUUAAAACUUUCCCCUUUGUUAUAUGUGAGAAUAAGAAACACAAAACAACUGAAUAUAGAAAUCGCAUAACUUCUGCAAAUGAAGUCACUAAUGAAGUCACAUAUACCAUGAAAAAAUAUUUGGGCACUUUUAAUUGUAUAAAUGCUGAUGGAGAAGAACACUUUAAUUCAAAAGAAUUGGAAAUAAAUUCUCAUAAUUUUUUUUCUGAAAUAUCUUCUUCUAUUUUUGAUACAUAUGAAAAAAUUCCCCUUACUACUGAUUCUGAAGAAUUUGACCAGAUACCAGUUGUAAAUCAAAACAGUUCUAUCAAAAAAAAAUUGUGUGAAGAAAGUGCAGUCAUUGGUCCAAAAGAGGUUCCAUGUUUGCCUGUUAAAUCAAAUAAUGUCUUAAUUCUAACUGAACAGUCAAAAGCAACUACAGAAAAAUAUAAUCCUCUCCUGUCACUGGACAGACAAACAAACAAAUAUGAAUAUUAUGAAGAAUUAGAUACUUAUAGCCCACAUUUAACAAAUAAAAAAGAAAAAGUGGAAGACCAAAUUACUUAUUUAAAUUCAGAAAAUUUUUUUCCUAGUUCCUCCCAUGUUUGUCAGUCUGUCACUUUGCCAUUGGAUAGCAGCAAUUUUGUCGAUAAAAGAGUAAGUAACGAUGGACACUGCAGGAGCUCCUCAAGUGCAGACAAACUAAAUGUGAUACAGUAUCCAUCCAGGGGAAGUCCUGUGAUGACAGAUACAAACUUGCAAUUACAGGCCAAGGGAACAGCACAGUUUUCUUUACAAGGGCAUGAGCGGACACACGAGACAGGCAGUUCAGAGCUGGCAACUUUGAAACAGCAUCUUGAAUAUGGAAAAGAACAGGAAGAAAGAAAUGAUGAACAAAUGCAUAUAACUAAUGAAAGUCAAUGUGAGACUGUAAUGAAUGACUUGAUUAUGUCACAUUCAGAAGAUGAAUCUCAAACAUUCAUUGCUGCAGAAGAGGAAUUAAAAGUGCGUUUAUCCAUAAUGAACAAUGGAUGUCUUGAAGAUGUAAAAGAUGAGUAUUUACCUUUAGAAAAUAAAAUCACACAUGAAUUUGAACUGAAGACAAAAUUUGAUUCAGUGUUAGAAGAGCUACGUAUGUUUCAUGAAAUUAGUAAAGGAAAUGAAAACAAUUUAUCUAGUUUGGAAACAAAUUCAUUCGAAAAUUAUUGGGGAUUAAAUAAUUCUAAAGAGAUAGAUGAAAACGUGACAAGUGUUUCUCAAAAGAAAAUGUGUAUUUCUUCUCCAAUCUGUGGUACCAUAGAGAGGCAAAACAUAACAGACAGUGAUGGAAGUUUGUUAAAUGAAAAGAUAUUAAAUGAAAAUAAAGACGAAGAAGUAGCUAAGGAGUAUUGUGUUUCAAGACUGCCAAGUGAAGAAUUGCAUCAUUCACCUGUUGCAGAAGACUAUUUAGGUGCAGCUUAUAGAAAUCCAUACACGUGGAACCCUGCUUUUUUAUACUGCACACUUUUUAAGGAACAAAGCUAUAAUUUACAGAAAGAAGGAGGAUGCUUUCUGUCUCAUGAUGUCAUAAGAGUGCAGCCUCUUAAAACAUGCAAGGGCCCCAUCAGGAUUGGGCUGUCAAGAAAAGCUCGGCCCAAGCAGCUCCAUCCUUAUCUGAAAUGACUUAUUGGAUUCUUUUACCAGUCUUCACAUCUGGGAUCACUCUGCUUGAAAACUGUCGAAAUGUUUUAAUGUUAAGUUUUUUUGUUGAUACUUUGAUCUUCGUGGUUUAAGGGUUUUUAGAUAUUAAUAUUACAGUAUUUGCUAGUGAUUUAUUUAGGAAUACUCCUGUGAAUACUUGAUAGCAAAGGGAUUUAUAAUGAAUGUUUACUAGUAGAAGUUUUAAUGGAAGGAUGAAAUCCUUUUAAAGUUUAUGUAAUAUUAAUAAAAUCUUUCAUGUAUUUUUCAUCUAUUAAAAUAUACAGUUAAAA